GAUUUUUCGAGAAGUGAGCUUCGAUUGUAUUCUCGAAGUUUAUAAAAUAAUAUUUUUUUCUCGCGCAAAAUUUCAGUGUAUCUUGAAAUCUACCUAGGACUAGUUCCAUAAAAGUGCAUUUAAUAAAUUGCUAGUUAAAAAAACAAGAAAUUGUGAAGAAGGAAAUCCACAAAGUGGUUUUCAUAAAAAAAAUAAAUAAACAAAGAAAAAAGAAUUGCGUUUCAUCAUCAAAAAGGCAAUUUUCUUUGUUUGGAGGUAACAAAAUUGUCCCAAUAAUUUCGGCACUACAUCGUUUUAUGUAGAUCAUACCCAACAUACUUUGAAGUUAAGCAUAUUUAAAUCCGAUUAGGAAACGGAAAAAAUGCCGAGCGAUUCAGUUCCAAGUGAUCCGAAAGAUAUUCCAGGCAGUAGUUCUGGAUCAUCUUCAAUGGACGGUACACAGCGAUUUCGUACAGAAAGUGAAAGCUCUGAUAAAUCUGGGCCACGUUUUGUAUUACCAGGUACUCCAAGCUCGCCAGCGAGAAUUUUGUCUUUAGAUGAGGUUCAAGACAUGGUGAAAAACAUUAAGAAUAUGGCACUAGCACAUGAGAUUGCUGUAAAUACUGACUUUAAAUUGGAGAAAUAUGAGCCACCAGAAAACAGUAUUGAAAAGAUCAUUAAAGAAACCAUGCAUAAGGCAUUUUGGGAUAUUUUGAGGACUCAAUUAGAAAGUAAUCCACCAAUUUAUGAUCAUGCUUUGGUGCUACUUACUGACAUUAAGGAAGCCUUUCAGUCAAUUUUCUUAGAAAAUAAUAAAAAGGCAUUGGAUAAAAUUAAUGAAAUGCUCGAUACAGACUUGAUUAAACAGCAGGCAGAACAGGGUGUACUAGAUUUUAAGGCUUAUUCAAAUUAUAUCAUUCAUAUAAUGAGUAUGGCGUGUGCUCCUAUCCGUGACGAACAAGUUGCCAAAUUGAGAGAAAUUGAGGAUAUUGUUGAAUCAUUCAAAGGAAUAUUGGAAACUUUAGAGCUUAUGAAGCUUGAUAUGGCAAAUUGUAUAUUGAAUGCAGCAAGAAAUGAGGUCAUUGCCAAUUCUGUCAAGUAUGAGCAGCAGAAGUUUAAAGAAUAUUUGGAAUUUUACAAGGAUGGAUUUCCUGCAACUGAAAAAUGGCUAAAAAGGAACAUCCCAGAAGUCAAUGAAACUGAGCAGUCAACAUCGACGCAGACGAAUGACAUAAAUCCAGAUAAAAAGAUUAAGGAAGUUAUUUUUAACGCCUACAUGGAACUUCUUGCCUGGAACAAAGAAAAUGAGUUUCCUGAAUUCUUCUCAAUGGAUCGUGAACGUCUUGUUGCCUUACAAGGUCGUGCAUUAAGAGUUUGUUCAUGUGCAUCAGCACUAGCCAUUGUUUCUGGACUUCCAGCUAUAUCACAAUCUGCUGAUAUUAAAAAGAGUCUUGCAAAAGAGAUUGAAAUUCUCUUGCAAAAUGUUAAUACAGAGAAGGAACUUGAAGAUGCAUUGCAGAAUGUCUGGCUGCAAAUUAAGUCAGUAUUGACAAAAAGAUUACAAGAAUUAUAUCAAAAGUCAUUGGAUGAAGAGACAGAAAGUUCACUCAAGGCACACAUCAUGAAAAUUGCCAAAUUGGAUGAAUCUCCAGUUCGUAAAUUAAUGUGGAAAAGGCUUUAUACAUAUAUUCAGUUGAUUUUAAGGUCAAAUGUUACAAUUCCACCACCGCCUGGAUUUCAAGAAUUUACAGAAGAGCUUGAAGCACUUGGACAGGCGUUCAGACGUGUUACGUACUAUAAUUAUGCAGUAUACAACGAAUACUAUAAUGAAAUUUUGAACAAACUUAGUAGCAACUAGAUUAGUGAUAACUUGGGAUAAAUUUACAUGUUUAUUAGAUUGAGUGAUGACUUUUAGAGAUGAAAACUGCCGAUGGAAAAUUAAAUAUUUUAAAUGUCUUUGAGUUCCUUAAUAAGUAAUUAAGAAUUCUACUAUCUUCUUUGUUUCUUGAUGUCAAAUAACAAUUUUAAAAUAUCAGAACUAGCACUUUAUAAUAGGUAUUCAAAACUGUGAAUUAGUAAAUUUGUUUUUCUGUGAGGA